GGCACCUUCAACUUACCACACGAGUGCGCAACAUCUUCUGUAAUAAAUUUAGCCAAGGCUUAUUCGUAUUUCGAAGUAGUUCAACCAACCCAGUUUUAAUUAAAAAUGGCCCACUUAACGUUGCCCUUAACACACUAUGUAGACACGUUCAUGAAACCGGCAAAAAAUAAGAACGCCCACAUUGCGCAUUACCUGAAAUUGAAAGACUGGAUUACUGCACUAACGCAACAACAACUGCCACUGGAAGACGUUAUAAGUGGGCAUCGAGCCUUGAAGGGGAAGGAAGAUUUAGAUUUAAUUAACGAGCCUCUGGAUAAGUACCGGAACUUGGCUUACCGACCCCCUAAGCCACAAUGUGUAGCAGAAAGCGCAAGCUGGAACAAAAAUAUCGAAAACCUAUACAGAUAUCGCACUGCCGGCUACUGCGAUGAAGUUUAUUACUGGAUAAUACAUAAAAGCGCAGCAAAGCAAUGGGAGCUAAAUGGGUUCAUUAAGGAACUUCCAAGUCUACAAAAAGGACGCAGGAUUCGAAUUGGUCCAUUCCGAGAAUGCACUGAUAAUAAACUCAGCCAGCUUCGCCUUAAUUAUUACGACGAACGAUACAUGCGGAAAGAUCAGAACAUUAUAGAGAUACUGCAACAAGGGCUGGCCGGAGCUCAAAAUGACCUGAUAAAAAAAUCUGCUAAUGCUGUUUCGGCAGAUCAUGACAAAUUAGCCAAGAAAAAAGACCCAAAAGUAAAGAUCAACGGCAAAAAACAGAAUGCGCCAUCCGCUGCGGACGUUGUGCCUCGGUGAACGAAAACGAAGGUGACGUAAAAGUGAGCAAAAGCUUUAAUACUCGCAUAACUUGGUUCUAAAAUAAUAUUAUCGCCAGUGUUAAUACCCAUGCGAAAAAAUUACAAAAGCUACAAGGUGCACAAACUUUCACAUGUAUGUGUAAAAAACUAGUAAAUAUGAUA